ACUCUCUCUCUCUUCAAAAUCCCCAAUUUUUCCAUUUAGGGUUUCACAAAUCUCCAUCUUUCCUAUCAGCGACCGACACAAUCAAGAAUUAAGAAGAGCUUAAUUGCAGUUGUAAGGAGAAUUACGAAGUGAGAUUUACGAUGCCGCGAAGACGAGAAGAGGAGUACGACGACGAGAUGGAGCCGGAGGAGGAUGAGGAUGUGGAAGAGGAGUACGAGGACGAAGAGGAAGAAUAUGAUGGAGGAAAGGCCGGGAAAAAACGGCGGAGAUCGGAUUUUAUUGAUGAUUUGGCGGAGGAAGAUGAUGAGGAAGAGGAGGAAGACGAUGAUGAUGAGGAUUAUGGCGGCGGCGGUGGAAAGAGAAAGGCAAAGAAGAGGUCGGGGUCGCAUUUUUUUGAACUUGAAGCUCAAGUUGAUACUGAUGAGGAAGAAGAGGAGGAAGAAGGCGAAGAUGACUUUAUAGUCGAUACUGGAGCCGAGCUACCUGAUGAAGAUGAUGAGGGUAGAAGGAUGCAUCGUCGCCCACUGCUUCAUCGGGAGGAGGAUCAAGAGGAUUUUGAGGCCCUUGAGAGGACUAUUCAUGAAAGAUAUGGUAGGCGAGAGGUUGAAUAUGAUGAUGAGGCAACAGAAGUUGAACAGCAAGCUCUUUUACCAUCUGUCAGGGAUCCCAAGUUAUGGAUGGUGAAAUGUGCGAUUGGUCGUGAAAGGGAAGUUGCAGUUUGCCUUAUGCAAAAGGCCAUUGAUAAAGGGCCUGAGUUGCAAAUUAGAUCCGUUAUAGCUCUUGAUCACCUUAAGAACUACAUUUACAUUGAAGCGGACAAAGAAGCCCAUGUGAAGGAGGCAAUCAAGGGUAUGCGGAAUAUUUUUGCUUCAGCAAAAAUAAUGCUUGUUCCAAUCAAGGAGAUGACUGAUGUUCUUUCAGUUGAAAGUAAAGCUGUUGAUAUUUCCAGGGACACAUGGGUGAGAAUGAAGACAGGAACAUAUAAAGGAGACCUUGCCAAGGUUGUAGACGUGGAUAAUGUGCGGCAGAAAGUUACUUUGAAGUUAAUCCCACGGAUUGACUUGCCAGCCUUGGCAGCUAAGCUGGAAGGAAGAGAAGUUCCAAAGAAAAAGAACAAAACAUUUAAUCCGCCUCCACGUUUUAUGAAUAUGGACGAGGCCAGAGAAUUACACAUACGAGUGGAGCGUAGAAGGGAUCCGAUGACUGGAGAUUAUUUUGAAAAUAUUGGGGGCAUGAUGUUCAAGGAUGGCUUCCUAUACAAAUCUUUUUCCAUGAAAUCAAUUAGCACUCAGAACAUACAACCAACAUUUGAUGAGCUUGAGAAAUUUCGGCAACCUAGUGAGAACGGGGAUGGUGAUGUAGCUAGUUUGUCCACACUUUUUGCAAACAGGAAAAAGGGACAUUUCAUGAAAGGUGACCGAGUUAUUGUUGUCAAAGGCGAUCUGAAGAAUUUGAAGGGAUGGGUUGAGAAAGUUGAGGAAGAUACAGUGCACAUAAAACCAAAUGAGAAGGGUCUCCCGGCAACUCUUGCUAUAGGUGACAGAGAGCUUUGCAAGUACUUCGAGCCUGGAAAUCAUGUCAAGGUUGUAGCUGGAGCCACAGAAGGUGCAACUGGUAUGGUCGUUUCUGUUGAGGGACAUGUAGUAAAUAUAGUAUCUGACACCACUAAGGAGCUUCUUCGCGUAUUUGCUGAUAACAUUGUCGAGAGCUCUGAAGUAACGACUGGUAUUACUCGAAUUGGAGAAUAUGAGCUCCAUGACCUUGUGCAGUUGGAUGAUAUGAGUUUUGGUGUAAUUAUACGUGUCGAGAGUGAAGCAUUCCAGGUCCUUAAAGGGGUUCCGGAGAAGCCAGAGGUAGCACUUGUGAGGCUAAGAGAGAUCAAAUUUAAGCUUGACAGAAAAAAUAAUGGAACACAAGAUCGAAAUGGGAACCGAUUAUCAGUAAAAGAUGUUGUGAAAAUUCUUGAGGGCCCCUGUAAAGGAAAACAAGGCCCUGUUGAACAUAUUUACAAAGGGAUUUUGUUUGUUUACGACCGGCAUCACCUUGAGCAUGCUGGCUUUAUUUGUGCCAAAGCUCAAUCCUGUGUGCUGGUUGGUGGAUCACGAGCAAAUGUUGACAGAAAUGGUGGCUCCUUGCAUUCAAAAUUCACCAAAUUUGGAGCACCUCCUCGUGCUCCCCUAUCUCCAAUGAGAUCACCUAGAGGCGGUCCACCUGUAAAUUCUGCAGGAAGAUUUAGAGGUGGAAGAGGGCACGACAAUUUGGUUGGUGCUAUUAUUAAAAUUCGUAUGGGUCCUCACAAGGGGUGUAAUGGGAUUGUUAAAGAGGUUAAAGGAAAUGCUCUCCGAGUUGAGCUUGAGGCCCAGAUGAGGAUAGUUACGGUUAAUCGUGAUCAAAUAACUGAUAAUGUGAAUGUUUCAACACCAUUCCGGGAAAAAUCCAGAUUUGGUAUGGGAAGUGAGACCCCAGUACAUCCUUCUCGUACUCCACUACGUCCAUAUAUGACUCCUAUGAGAGAUCCCGGAGCUACACCAGUUCAUGAUGGCAUGAGGACACCUAUGCGUGACAGAGCAUGGAAUCCGUAUACACCAAUGAGUCCACCUAGGGACGAUUGGGAAGAUGGAAACCCUGCUUCAUGGGGCAGUAGUCCGCAAUAUCAGCCUGGAAGUCCUCCGUCAAGAACUUAUGAAGCUCCUACUCCUGGUUACGGUGAUGCUGGGACACCAAGGGAUAGUAAUCCAGCCUAUGCAAAUGCUCCAAGCCCUUACCUACCAUCAACUCCUGGUGGGCAGCCACCAAUGACACCAAGUUCUGCAUAUUUGCCUGGUACCCCUGGUGGGCAACCAAUGACACCGGGAAGUGGCGGUUUAGACAUGAUGUCGCCUGUAGUAGGUGGGGACAAUGAAGGGCCGUGGCUUUUGCCUGAUAUCCUGGUCAAUGUGCGUAGGCCUGGUGAAGAUGGUGAUAUUGGAGUUGUACGAGAGGUGCUUCCGGAUGGUUCAUGUAGGGUUGCAUUGGGAUCAAGUGGCAGUGGUGAAACAAUCACUGUCCUUCCGAAUGAGAUAGAGGUUGUUGCACCAAGGAAGUCUGACAAAAUAAAGAUCAUGGGUGGUACUCAUCGUGGGGCUACUGGGAAGCUCAUUGGUAUUGAUGGUACUGAUGGCAUUGUCAAGUUGGAUAUUACCUUUGAUGUGAAGAUCUUAGACUUGGACAUUUUGGCCAAGCUUCCACAUGUUAAAGAGUAGAUUGCCUUGUGUAUCGUUUUGUAAGUAUGGUGUAUAUUUAUGAUGCGUCAAGGCUUUUGUUUUUGUUUAUUCUUCUAAACAGAGGAAAAAUUCGAAAAUAAGGAAAAACAAAAUCAUAUCUUCAGUAUUUUUAUACAGGUUCUUCCCCGCCAAUCGCUUCCCCCAAACUUGUAAUUUUGCAAUCAAUUUUUUGCUUCAGUCUCGGUUGCUUCGUA